GUGAGUGUGUGUGUGAGUGUGUGUGUGUGUGCGUGCGUGAGUGAGUGUGUGUGUGUUGCGCACAUCUGAUGUUGGUGACGUCAUCGCAGUGUCUUCAGGUUAUGGCGGAGCUCAACUGCUCCAACUUUAUCUGAUGUGUGAGCGCUGGAGUGGAUUGUAAUGGAGCAGUUUCAUGGGAUGUGGAGAAGCUUCAACAACAGUCUUGGACUGAAGGACUCAGUGUUUGAGAGCCCAUGUAUUUCAUCCACAAUGAUCCAGGGAUUGCAGUGUCAGCGGUGCUCCUCAGAAACCAGCCGUACCAUACGAGUCUAUCUGCCCAACCAGCAGAGGACGGUGGUGAAUGUGCGUCCAGGCCUGUCUCUUCACAGCUGUCUGAUCAAAGCUCUGAAGGUUCGUGGGCUGCAGCCCGAGUGUUGUGCUGUCUUCAGUCUCCAUCCAGGACAGAAGAGCAAGAAGUCUCGUAUGGACUGGAACACAGACUCUACCUCACUCAUUGGGGAGGAGCUGCUAGUGGAAGUUUUAGACUACGUUCCCUUAACGACACACAAUUUUGUCAGGAAAACGUUUCUCACGUUGGCUUUCUGCGACAUAUGCCAGAAGUUCCUGUUAAAUGCUUUCCGCUGCCAGCGUUGUGGCUACAAGUUCCAUGAGCACUGCAGCACAAAAGUGCCCACUAUGUGUGUCGACUGGAGCAACAUCCGAGAGCGUCUUAGAUGGUUUCCGAUUCCUGGUGAAAGUGGAACUCCAGCCCUCCCUCCACUGCCAUCACAGAGAAUGAGGGAAUCUUUGAGCAGAAUUCCCAGCAGUGCUUACCCCCCUACCGGAGCGGAGCUGACCCAGAGACUGCGCUCCACCUCCACACCAAACAUCGUCAAAAGCACCACAACGACUGUGGACAGCAGCCAGUUUGAGGAUGCCAUACGUGGUCACUGCUCUGCUGGCAGUUCACCAAAUCAAAGCCCAACAGGCUGGAACCAGAACAAUAUACCCGCGCCGGCCCAAAGAGAGUGCGCCCUGUCCCUCAACACACAGGACAAAGUCAAAAUCCGGCCGAGGGAUAAAAGAGACUCGAGUUAUUACUGGGAGAUUGAAGCUACUGAGGUCAUGUUGCAGUGCAGGAUCGGCUCUGGCUCGUUUGGGACUGUAUACAAAGGGAAGUGGCAUGGUGACGUGGCUGUGAAGAUAUUAAAAGUCACCAACCCGACGCCAGAGCAGUUUCAGGCCUUCCGCAAUGAGGUGGCAGUUCUAAGAAAAACCCGACAUGUCAACAUCCUGUUGUUCAUGGGCUACAUGACAAAAGACAAUCUGGCCAUUGUGACGCAGUGGUGUGAAGGCAGCAGUCUCUACAAACACCUUCACGUUCAGGAGACAAACUUCCAGAUGACUCAACUGAUUGAUAUCGCCAGACAGACAGCUCAGGGCAUGGACUAUCUACAUGCAAAGAGUAUCAUCCACCGGGACAUGAAAUCAAACAACAUCUUCUUACAUGAAGGCUUGACAGUGAAGAUCGGAGAUUUUGGACUGGCCACAGUGAAGGCGAGGUGGAGUGGAUCUCAACAGGUGGAGCAGCCCUCAGGAUCGAUUCUCUGGAUGUCUCCUGAGGUGAUCCGAAUGCAGGACAACAAUCCCUACAGUUUCCAGUCAGACGUUUAUUCAUACGGCAUUGUGCUGUUUGAACUGAUGACCGGAGAGCUGCCCUACUCGCAGAUCGCCAACCGAGAUCAGGUGACACGUAUAAUUUUCAUGGUAGGUCGGGGGUAUCUGUCUCCAGAUCUCAGUAAGCUUUAUAAGAGCUGUCCUAAAGCUAUGAAGAGACUGGUGGCUGACUGCAUCAACAAGACCAAAGACGAGAGGCCCCUUUUCCCACAGAUUCUGUCCUCGAUAGAGCUGCUGCAGCGCUCACUGCCCAAAAUCAACCGCAGCGCAUCCGAGCCGUCACUGCACCGAGUGUCACACAGCGAGGACAUCACCUCCUGCACGCUCACGUCCAUGAAGCUGCCCGUCUUCUAGUGUUGCUAUACAGAGCUGGUGACUGUAAGUCACACAGCAGAAGAUAAAGGGAUCUCAUGAGUUGUUAACAGAAUGAGAUUCAUCUAUCCUUUACGAUGUUCUCACAAUGAAGAUGUUUUUCACGCACAGACUGAGUGGAUGUGUUUGACAAAUGCACUUUGACAAUGAGUUUUUAGGAAUCAUUUGCUACAAAUAAUCAAUUCCUUCCAAUUAUCUGAAACAUGAGUGUCAGAAAAGAUGUUGCCUUGAAUGCAUGAGGCACAAAGGUGUUUAUAUCAUAAAACAAUAUAAAAGAACUUGAUGAAUUAGUCAGUAUUCAGCCACCAUUAAACACUUUUCAGUAGUAAGAUGAGGCUUAGCUUUAAGUUCAAGAUUUAUUUAGUGAUGUCAGCUAUUCCUUUGAAAGUUUAAUUAAAGAUUCAAAGCAAAAACUGUUAAUCAAUUAUUUUAAUAAAAUUAAGUUAAACACAUUUUCUGUCAUUCUUGCAAAUUGUUCACAGAUUGUUGCAUUGGGUCUGUUUCUAAUGCUUUCUUUAAUGAUCAGUAGGGAUGGGAAUUGAUUUCGCUUCCAAC